GUACUCAAAAUGUCUGAUAUCGAUGAUAUUGACCUCCCAGAUAUCCCAAGGGCUCCUGUAGACCCAUCUGGGGAUGCGUUCGGGCCCAACACGAUUCUCACUGAGGCCGAUCUUGAUCGAGCGUACCCGAAUCGGCCUAGAAAUGAGAACCCUACGUUACCUUUUGCGGAUCUCUAUCUCUCCCUAUUUGAGCCUCUCUUGGCGAAUAAAAAGAAGAAAAUUGGGGUGGGCAUCCGUGGGGCUAAAGCAUUAAAGCCUCAUGAGAUUCGAAGGAAUAUCAUCGAUCGGUUCAUCUCUCGCUGGCGUAACGAAGUUGGCAAUGACAUAUAUCCUCCUCUUAGGUUGAUUCUCUGCGAAAAGGAUAGGGAUAGAAGCGUGUAUGUUGUACUUGUACAGGUAGCAUCAUCAUUUUUCUAAUGCCGAUCCACAAAUUAGGUAUCACCUCAAGGAAAAAACCAUCGGUAGACUCUUAGUCAAAGUCAUGAAGAUCAAUAAGGAUAGUGAUGAUGGCUAUGCGCUAAUCAAUUGGAAACAACCUGGCACAUCCAAGAGCGCUGGGGAUUUUGCGCUUCGCUGUUAUGGUAGUAUUCAGCCAUUUCCAUCCUUCCUAUUCGGAACUGCCUACCGCUGCUAACAGCUGUCCCACUAUCGUCUCCUUAGCAGUCAAAUUUACAUUUCCUUCGUGUCAUGCUAACCCGUUAAUGUGGCAAUUUAGAGAUCAUUAGGAAACGGCCAAUGCGCACAACGCCCGGAAACCUGACGAUUUACCAAGUAAACUCUAUGCUAGACCGUCUCUCGCUAGCGAGUAAAGAGUACCUUUCCUUCCCAAUAUUGGUGACUAUGGUUGGGCUUCCCCUAAUGAUAUAUGGGUAUCCAGGGAAGAGCAGCUUCCGAUCAUGACUGAGUUCUACAACAACAUGAACGCCAGUGAGCUAAUGUGGUUGAUUAGGAUCAUAAUGAGACGUAUGCUCGACUCCUUUUCUGAUAUGACCGUUGAAAGACUUACUGAUUGUGCAUUUGAGCACAGAAAUGAAAGUUGGUGCCACAGAAAGAACCUUCUUUGAGUGAGUCUGGUUAUUUUCCUACCAUCGUGGUUCAAACUUCACAUAUGCACUUCCUUUCCGCGUGGAAGCUGGUUGAGUCGCCCGUCCAGUAAUCAGUACAGCUAAUUUUGGUACUUAGUGCUUGGCACCCUGAUGCCGCUGCCCUUUUCAAUAUAUCAUCCUCACUUAAGCGUGUCUGCUGGGAACUCUCGGAUCUUGAGUUCCGCAUGGACUCUGAUGUGCACUUCUCCCUUUCACACUCCUCUCCCCUAUCCCUGCGAAUCUAACUUACCCCCAUCAUACAGGGCAAAUCGGUAUCAUUAAUGUCAUGUUUCCAACCGCAACUAGCCCAGUUUCAGAAACGCUCCUUGGAUGAUGCCGUCGGGGCUAUGCAUCUUACUCCCGAAGACCCCGUUUUCUGGAUUGAAGAAAAGCUGGAUGGCGAGCGGAUGCAAAUGCACUACGAGGAUGGCAAUUUCAUGUUCUGGAGUCGCAAAGCUAAAGACUACACGAGGCUUUAUGGCUCCUGUUUCGAUGAUGGGAGCCUAACAAGACAUCUUCGCGGUGCCUUUCAUAAUUGUGUUAAAAGGUACAUUCGUAGUUAUCACAUUUGCUGCCUGGUAUCAACUCUGACCAAGAACAUAGUAUCAUCCUGGAUGGUGAGAUGAUUACGUGGGACCCAAGAUUGGAUUGCAUAGUUGCUUUUGGAACCCUUAAAAGCGCAGCGCUUGAGGGGAUCCGGAAUCCGUAUGGUGAUGGUCCUCGGCCUUUAUGUAACUAUCUCAUCUACGUUGUUUAGCAUCGUCCUCAAUCCGCUCAUCAUACUUGCAGUUAGGAUAUUCGAUAUCCUUCACCUGAAUGGCGAGUGUCUAAUCAACUAUUCCUUGCGGGAUAGACGCACUGCACUUGAACGAAGCGUCAAAACUGUGGACCGUAGAAUGGAGGUCCACGAGUACGAGGAAGCGCGAGAGGCCGCUGAAAUCGAAAGAGCUCUUAGAAAGGUCAUAGCUGAGGCUAGUGAAGGCCUGGUAAUCAAGGUUUGCACCUUUCCUGAAUUUUGGCCGGGUGCGGAUCCAUGAUCACAGCUCAUGCUCUUAAAGAACCCAAGGAGUGUAUACCGUCUGAACGACCGAAACGACGACUGGAUGAAGGUCAAACCGGAAUACAUGACAGAGUUUGGUGAAUCACUAGACCUAGUCGUCUUGGGAGGUUAUUGGGGCAGUGGCACACGAGGUGGAAUCCUAUCGAGUUAUCUCUGCGGCCUGCGUGUGGAUGGGAACCAUCUCAAGCCCGGGGAAAAUCCAAUGAAAUUCCGUUCCUUUUGUAAAGUCGGCGGUGGAUUCACUGCGAACGACUACUCUAAGAUCGCUCAUAUGACCGACUCUCAGUGGGUCCCUUGGGAUCCCAAAAAACCGCCCAACGAAUACGUUGAGAUUGCGCCAGGGGGGCGCGGCGUUGAUCAACCCGACGUCUGGAUUAGACCUGACAAGUCUGUCGUCCUGGAGGUAAAGGCUGCUAGCAUUGUCCCUACCGACGAGUUUCGUGUGGGCAAAUCCUUGCGAUUUCCGCGAUUCAGGCACAUCCGUGAGGACAAGGACUGGCAGAGUGCACUUAGUAUUUCAGAGCUCAUCGCGCUCAAGGAGGAGGUUGAGAAGGAUAAGGAAGAUGAAGAGAAGAGAAUAGAGGUCGAGAACCGGAAACGGAGACCUGGGAAGCGAAUGAAGCGUGAAUAUGCUAUUCUUGGAGCGAGUGAUAAGCCCGCAGAUUUUAUUUUGGCAGGGAUUGGGAGUAGCUCACAACUCUUCCAGGGGCACUCAUUUUGUACACCUCUCAGAGCUAUUCCUACUGCAUGGGUUACUAAUUCUGCCAUAGAUGUUAUGUCUGACGCCGCGGCACCCAAAAAGAUGGGUAAGGCUGAGAUUGAACAACUCAUCAAAUCUCACGGCGGAAGGAUAUAUCAAACUGAGUGCACAACUUCCGAUAUAUAUGUUAUCGGAGAUAGGAGUAAGGCUCCCCCUUCCACCUCCCUUAAAUCACCAAAGAUUUAUCUCAAACCCAUUAGAUAACGUCAAAAUAUCCGCCCUGAAGAAGAAGGGAACUCACGAUAUCAUUCGCCCCACGUGGGUGCUCGAUUGCAUUCGACAACACGAGUUGGACCUACAGUGUGGUCGGAAGGGCUACUACAUAAUUCCUGUUGAAGCUAGGUAUAGGCUACGUACUUUCGUUAAUCACUAGUGGUGGUCUCAUCGCUGAUCCCUCUUCUGUCCCUAGGCACAUAUUAUACGCUGCCAGUAGUAUAGAGAGACGAGCAACCGCUGCUGUAGAUCGAUUUGGUGAUAGCUAUGCCCGAGACCUUACUAUGGAAGAGCUACGUGAAGUAAACAUCUCUCCUGUUAUCCUCCAAACUGAAAAUGGUUAACACGGUUACUAGCUGCUCCAAGAUAUGCCUGGAACCUUCGAUCAGACUUUCACAGCGGACUUCGUUAAGGGCCUUGGUGAAUGUGAUCGGCAAGAGCUCGACAAACUCCCUGGGUGGAUGUUCAAGACCUUUGUUAUCUACGUCGACAGGGAAGGGCAAGGGGGGGUGAAGGAAAAGUACUCGCCUUCUCACCCAGGAUGCCUGACCUGCACUAACUAGAUCUUUCCAGCCUCAAAUCAUCGGCGUUCCUAGCUCUGUUCGCUGGGGCUCGUAUCGCUCACGACCUUCAGGACACAGGAAUAACGCACGUCAUUGCUUCCAACGGCCAAAAACGACUCACCGAACUCAGGGAAGCGAUAAAAUGGUAAAUACCCUGAACACUACUCUUCCUCGACACGCACUUACUACCAUUCGCAGGCGCUCACGUAUUCCGCGAAUUGUAACGGAGGGCUGGCUAAAAUCAAGCCUAGAAUCGAGGACGGUGUUGGACGAGACGCAGUUCUUACCGGUUCUGAGUGGUGACUAAUGAGUGACUGACACGCCAUGAAACUUUGGCUUGUGCCCUGCCGUCCGGUGUGCAUAGUAGGUUAUGAAUUUGUGGUUUAUUGGACCCUCGGGGGUUUUGCGAGCUCUGCUGAAUUGCCAAUGAGCUCGGGGGACAGCAGGGGUAUUAGUUCCCGUUGUCGCGCAACGUUACAAACAUAGAGGUACGGAAAAUCAUGGGAAAACGGCAUUCCUUAGCAAAAUGCGCGGCUAUUGGGGUAAUCAUGAAAUGUCACAAUAUUUUAGGUUCGGGAGAUGGGAUGGAUAGCUUCAAUUCCAUCGGAGAAUAGCCGGUGUAUUGUAUUGUAUUUUAUUAAUUUAUGCAUCUAGCUGU